CCGACGAGGAUUUAGACCUGCCGGCGCCCGCCGACAGGACCGAUGAUGAUGACAUUGCAUAUAAUAUCGACCAGACCUUUAAUACGUCAUUGGCGGCCGAUGGAUCUCUAUACAACUUGGGAUUAACCUCUUUUCUUACGUCUGAUAACCCAAUGGCGUUGUUCAACGAGUCGACGGAAAUUCUCAAUAGUGCCAACAAAAUCGAAGUUAUAAACAGUAGGCCGAACGAUAAGCAAGAUUUUACUAUAAAUGACGUUAUAAAAAACCUUAUUACCAAUGAUAAUAAUGCGAACGUGCCUGACAAUAACUCAGUGACGAACGCGUCGAUAUCGCAGAAGACACAAGACACACUGCCUGGGUUGGACUUGCUAACGCCAGAUACGCCCGGCAACCCGCCGCCGCCCACUUCCUUCUAUGGCACCAUGGAAAUCAAUGAUGAUCCAGAACCCGUUUACCACCCGGAACCAACCAGUCCAUGGAGUAGUAGUUGGAAUGCUCCGCGGCUGCCGCUCGCGGGCGCGGCCUUCGCGGAGCCGCCCGAGUCGCCGCCGCCCGCGCCGCCCGUGCCGCCGCCAGAACACUACCCGCGACAGGAGAUCGCGGCGGUAGAUGUGGAUCACCGAGGCAUCCUGCCCCCUCCACCGCCGCCGCCGGCGCUGCCACUCAUACCACAGUUGGAAGAUGUAGAUCAGAGGCUGUUACCGGCGCUGGCGCCGCCUGUGGCUCCCAUUCGACAUCCAACGAUACAUCAAGAUGUAGAUCACAGAAACCUAAUACCGUUAACACAUCAGCAGCAAACGCCGCGACCGAUAAUACCGAUCAAUUCGAUGGAUCAAGAUUACAGAGUGCCUCCCAUGGUGCCGCCGUCGGAUAUCGUCGAAAGCGUCGACAUGGACUUAUCUGAAGAUGAAGACACACAGGCUAUGUACCAAAGCGCACAGCUAAACCAAUCGGAGCGACGCCACAGCUUCAACAAUAACAACAAAGUUUUAGUCGGCGGUGACAACGGAAAGGUGCACAACGACAUGAACCAUACAAACCUCAUACAAAUCAACAGCGAGAAGAAGGAAUCGCGGUCCGCACCCAUCAUACCCCCCAUGGUUAACCCCUUUGACGCCAUGCCGCCCUCUCUCAAGAACUUCAACCUCCCUUUCCAACACACCUUCGAUCUAACAGAAGAAAACUCAAACGAUAGCGCCUACGAGGAAGACUUGCGAAACCGAGGACUUGACAAGGUCCCAGUCGAAGUCCGCAACCCCUCGCCGCCAUUCGAAGACUUCACCAGCGACAACUGGCAACCGCCUCAGCCAAGACCCUUUAUCAACCCAAGGUUCCCCCGAAAUUGGGGUCCGCGGACUAAUUUCAGGCCCCCAGCCUUUUCCCCCCAACAGUCGUGGCCGCGAAACGGCCCCCGACCCACAAACAGAUGGAUGGGACCCAGACCCAGGUUUUGGUGAAGUGAAGUGAUGUGUGUAGUGUUCUAUACUUUAUAAAAGACGAGGUUAUAAGGAAGUAUGAGUGAGUUUCAUUUUACAGUACCGACCACAGAGUAUGUAGCAAAUGGAGUGGUCAAUAUACUCCGUCUAUAUUAUAUUAGAGAUGAGAUACAUCGGAUUAGACUUGAAAAAUAUAUUUUGACGUCUAAUAAGUCUAUGUACUCUUAUGUAUUGUAGAAAGACUGCCGUUUAUUAGUGUUAGUUCUUACAGCACUUUAGCAUUCCAUUUGUUUUGACUCUGUGGUACUUACCGACCUAUGAUGUUAAUAUUCAUAUAGUAUUUUGUCAAUAGGUAUCCCACUAUAUCGGCAAGAUAGUGAACUGGACGAUAGGUCCUAAGUCAGACUAUUCAUAUCAGUUAUAAGCAUUUUUAUCCCUUUACAAAAUACUCUUAAAGUAAUCAGUUUUAUUAGUACUGUUAUGGCUUUUAGACUGAGAUGUAAAUACAUUUCUGAGUGCAUACAUUGGAUAAUGCCUGUCAGAAUGUUGUACAAGCAAAAUAGUAGCUUAACGAUCACGAAAUAAAGGUUGAUUUGAAACGAAUCGUGAUCUUAUCGGGAUAUAAUUAUUCAUUUUUAGGGCGCGUACCAUAGUUUUGUAUGUGUUGCAACUUAUAAGGUUAAUAAUAACAUUAUGGAAUUCCUUUUAUGAUAAAUAGGCAAGAUAGUUUUAUUCAGAGAAUUUGGCAAGCCAAAGUAUGUGUUAAGCAACUACUAUCUCAGGUCAUAGAAUAUUCGAAUUUAGUUAAACAGUCUCUUUAGUACAAUGUAAAGGAGUCAGAUAUGUAAAAUGAGAAUAGCUUAUACUAAGGACUAUACUCUCAAAGUUAUUUCGAUAUCUCGAAAUGUUGUAAAUAGUAUUAUCAUAAGUACUUGAUCAUUCUGCAAUAUUUUCAUAUGACCAACCUUAUAUUUAGUCAUAAAUCUCGAGGUCAUUAUGUAAAAUUUUACAGAAUUAGGAAGAUAGGAUGAUGGCGGUAUUCAUAAAAAAAUAGACCGUCAUUUAGAUAAAAAGGUAUCCAUGUUUUGGUUUUGGAAAUAAAUUUUGAAUUUAAACUGAUUACUUAAUAGAAGUUUAAUACAAAAUGUAUGUAUGAUAUAAAAACUCCUUUUUAUUUAUCUAUCUGACGAUCAAUAUUAAAGUCAUCAUUCCUGUUCCUUAGGAGACAUAUUAGCAGCUAUGCGUAUGAAAUGUGUGAGGUGUGAAUGAGAUGUGAUUUUGAACAGUCGUUGGUUUACUAGAUGACUUUUGUUGACGACUGGCGAUUUUGCUCCUAGCCGAGAUGAAGUCAAAAGUCACUGUUGAGUGUCAUACUGGCUUUGUCAUUGUCAAGUGAAAAGUUGAUAUAAUACAGAUUGACAUUUUAGAAUGUCGAUUAGCAGUGUCGUUCUAAAAUACGUUCAUUAGCGUUGCUGUAAUGAUAAACAAAAAAUCUCAAUAGAAAGAUAACGAUCUAAAGCAGAGUUACCUACAACAUGGUUCAAAGAAUGAUCUCUUUGUAGAAGCAGGACUUUUCAUUAUAGAAGCGAAAAACCGAUGUAAAGUACACUUUUCUAUUCACCCCUUACUCCGAGGCAGUGACAACCAAAAUCGAAAGAAAGUUCCUAAUCGACCCGAUACAGGUUUUUUUCGGGUAACAACAUUUCUCAUCUAGUAAAUCAGCGAUAUUGACGAGAGACCCAAGAAGGUUGUAUACGUACAUGAAGCGAAGAAUGUUCUAGACUGUUUUUAUUUACAGAACAUUCGCUGUUAUAGGGAUUAUGAGGUCGAAAUGAUUGGAUGUAAAUAUACAUACAUAUUGUAUGUUAUUUAGGAAACAUGUGAUGGCCGGUAUAACUAUCAGAACGCAUUCAACCAAACUGUAUUAUAUAGUUCUUUCUUGAGAAAAUAAUGUUUUAUCUGUAUAGAAUACACUAUUCAGCUGAAUACUAUAUUUUAAUUGAAGAGACUCAUAUUAUGAAAAUUGAAUUCGUCUCAUAUAUAUCAUAAUACCCUCAGGUCCGGUGGUCUUCCAUCGUAAGUCCGAUAUUAGCUUCAUCCUAAUACAGAUGAAAGCCUACAGUUGAACACUAAUUAAUUACUGUGUUUACAUGAUGCAAUGUUUGUCACUUAUUCCCCGAAUGCUAAGCUUUUCUGAAUUCUUUGCAUUUCCCUCACCCAUAAGAAAUAAGUGCAAUAGAUUUCAAGUGUCUAAUCUUAGUCAUAGUUUUGUGGUAAAUGCGAAAUGUCUACACUUCUGGUCUUUUUACACGAUGCAACGCAAGCCCCUGUUGCCAGACGACUUUAGUCUCAAACGACAAAUGCCCAUGUACGCGUCUCCACGAGUUUGUUUGGCGGUUGUUCAGAGAUUUCAUUCGUCGCUAGUGUAUGUUGACUCGUGUAUGAAAGGCCUAAUCUUCCAAUGUAGUGCGAAAUUGGAACUGAACUGUAAUUAUGUAAUACAUUAGAUAAUCAACCUUAUUUUAAUAGUAGCUUGUCUUAAAGUUAAUAAACGUGCAUACAGUAUACGUGUUAUUUGUAUUAUUGAAUUGUUUUUUUGUACUCCUUAUUUAUAUAUUUACACAAAUCAAGGUGAUCAUGAAUAUGUUGAAUUCUACUACCAAUGAUCAUGCAUUUUAAUAAUGUGACUCCAUUAUAAAGUUGAAAUCGUGAUUUUCUGUUUUCGUUUUUCCGUUGCUUAGCUACCUAAAUCAUUAACUUCAAAUCCUUAUUGUUAAACCUGUGACACAGGCUUUUGGUGCUGGACAAAACAUUAUUCUCUUUGUGCUUACGAAUCCAUGACUUUGUAUGGCAUUAGUUUUUUAGAUAAAAUUAUCACGAGUGCCAAACGAUCUUAGCGUUAAUUUUGUAAAACCAGUGAUUAUAACCAUCUCUUGAAGGAAGAGUCAUGCAUUUGUUUUCGUCUUGUCAUAGACCGGCUCUAUAUAUGUAAAAGCUUAGAGCAGAGCUUAGAUUUGUAAAUUCAAUUUCGUUAUUAUUCUUAUUUUAGUAGGUACAUUCCUAACUUGCAUAUUCGUGGUCACACUUCCCUUUUUUAUUUGUGUAAUGUUAUAAUUAAUGAGUAUCAAUGUAAUUAUGAUCUGAAGAUUUAAAGAUCUCGUAGACUUAGCAAAAAUAUUAAUAAAGAAAUUAGUAUAGAAGGUACCUGAUGUUUAAUUCCAGUGGUUUAUGCAUAGGAAAAGACUUAAUUGCUUGCGAUAAAGGUUAAAAGUAUGGUUUAAUUUUUAACUUAAAACUUUUAAUUUGAACUGAUGUCAAGUUUAGAUAAAUGUAGAGCAAUAAAAGAAAGGCGAUUUGUUUAUUUUGUUCUUAUUAUUAUCUAUAGGGAAAGGCCUGGAGCCAGAGUAAGUCAAUUUUUUUGUUACAUUUUCAGACUUAUGGAUACAACGAAGGUAUAGAAGAUAAUUAUUUGAAUUAUCGCUCUUUUUGUUAUUAUUUUGUUACAAAAUACUAAAGUGGUAGUCGAGAUAGUCUGGGGACGGAUUCAUUAGGCUGUUUAAAACCAGUAUUCUAGGAAACGGCAUCAAUCUAGACCCCAAAUUCCACUAUUUACAAUUGCCGAUGAAUGAAUGGAUAUUGGAUUAAAUCUGGCACUGCUUGUAUUGUAAUCAUUUAGUCAACGAAUUGUUUAAUUUAAAUCAUUUAUCGGGAAUUGCGCGGAAUUGGGGCCGUGAUAAUGUGUUAAUAAUCGAUGAGGCUUUUCUGACUGUCGCUUUCUUCAGAUUGGAGUAACGUCUUGAAGUUAAGAAUCACGACCACAGUUAGAUACUUUAUUUCUUUUUACGUUAGUUUCUCGUGCCUUUAAGAGGAAGUUUAUCUAUUUCUAGUGUAAAAGUCAACUGUAGUGGACAUUUAGACCACUUUUGGUUUUCCUUUAGACUUUACAAUCAAAGGGUCCUUUUAAUCUCAGUGUUCAGUAUUCAGGACCAAAUAUAAGACUCGCGUUUUAAAGACUUUAUGCUUAGUAUUAUUUUUUUGGUUAUAUCAAAAAUUGAAUGUUACUUCGGUCUUCCAUUUAGCAAACGAGCAUAAGAUUUGCGUUAUAAAAUUAUUUUUAACAUGUAUACUGUAUGCACACAAAGUCUUUAAACGAAAUUGUUUUUGAAUUAUACGAAUUUUGUACAAAAUGACAUUUUGACAUUAUGUACCUAAAUGUAAAGUUGAUUUCAGUAUAAGUUUUAUUCAGGGUGUUUGGUAGACCGAUGAAUAUUUUAAGCGUGUUUAUACUAUGUGGAUUGUAUUUCCGUUGUUAUUAUGUUUUAAUGUCUAAAAAGCGUGUUUUAUUUAUUCAAUCUUUUCAACCUGUUUCUGUUUUCAUUAUAUAUUUAUUUUAUUAUGUAAAGCACACUUCAUUAAGAUGUUAUCAUACUAAAAGCAUGAUCUCUCUAAGAAACUAUUGAUCUACCAAACAGCCUGUGUAAUGUCAGACAUUGUUUUUUUCAUUGCGCUUUGUUUUAUUUUCACUAUUGCUCUAAGUAACAGAACAAUAUGCAGAUAAUUUGUAAUAAGAGCUCCUAAGCAGGACUUGGAACGUGUUGGAAAGAGAUGCCGUGAUGAUGUAGUCACCUCUCGCUUCCAUAACGGCUACAGUCCUGCUUUGAUUGCCCAGCCUCUAUAAUUUAACUGUAUUGUGAUUAAAAAAUGUCGGGGCAUAAUUUAAAAGCGCUUCUAACUCCAAAAUGUAAUGUUCUGAUCAUUGUUAGGUAAUCAGUUUUUACCUUUGUGCCUGAUAAUAUCGAGUGUUUUAACACACCAUAGUCUUACUUCGAAAGACACUACUUUAUGUGCACAGAAAUGAAGAAUUUUCAAAACCUAAAAACCUUUAAAAAACCUGUCAUCCACACAAAGUUUGUCAGGGAGAAUCCAACUGAUUUUUUUUGGCCUGUAAAAAAUCUUUUUCCACGUAACGAUAUUUCGAAACUGACUGGUGUUUGUUAAAACACAGGUUUUUAUUAUUUACCGAAGUAUCCUUAAAAAUUAUGUAAAUAUCAUAACCAGAUACAAUUUGUUACCAUCAUGGUAAAAAACUAAGUAAAAACUGUACAAAAAAACUGUACAAAAAAACUGUACAAUGCACUUACACGCACCCUGUAUCAAAAUCAUUGUAAAGACAAAACUUGUCAAAUUUGGGAAUACAUUGCAAUAAUCUUGUAUAAUAUAUUUUUAAAUACACUUAUGGAAGUCAAAAGAUGUAGAGACUCACGAAAAGUGAUAGUGAUGAUUUUAUGUAAUUUAUUGUGUGAUAUCAUACAAAGAACGUUUCACACUAACUUAAUCGUUUCCUUCUAGUCUGUAAAGCCCUUUAUGUAUGAUUAACUUGACUGUUUUGAGCAGUACGAUGGCAUUGAUGUAUAAAAACCCUAAUUACACAGUCCUGAACUAAAGUAACAGAAAGAUUUUACGACGUCGGUAGUUCUGAAAACGUUUGGUUUUGUCGCAAAUUCAGUCUUAUGUAAAUCUCUUAAAGUAGUUUUUAAGAUGAGGGAAUUAUGUUGAAGGUCAAAACAUUUUUUUUUGUCUUAAAUUUGCCUUUUUCAUACCUAGUAUGCAACUUGGGUUUUUAUAAACCAAUGUAAGAUGAUACUAACCUUACAAAAAUAUGUUCUGAACACGUGUAUGCAGUCUUUGUAUAAAAAUAACGAUAUUCUUCAAGUGUGUUUUCAUACUCUUGUCAUCAAGCAUAAUUUCAUAUAUUUUUUAAUGUUUGUAAGAAGUAAACAGUCAAGUUGUUCUAGACACUAAAUAGAAACUCGCCUUUGUCUCUUAUAAUUAAAGUAGGACGAAUAAUAUAUUUAGAAAUUAAAAUAAAUAACUAGAUAUUUUAAUUUUUGCUCACCAAUAAAGCUUCAUAAUAAGGU